AACUGCUGUUAACUGUCACCAUGAAGGCCACACUCGCCACUAUUGCUGUCCUCGUCCUCGCUCUCGGCUGCACCUCUGAGGCUGUGCAGGUUGAAGAGAAUGGAUUGUCUUUCUCCCUGGAAGCCGUCAAGAGGCUCCAGGAGCUGACAGAGAGCAGCGUCGCUACAGGACAACAGAGCCCACGACUCCGGGCGAACACCGUGUCCCUGUGCGCCGACCCCAUGCUGCCACAGGAGUUCCUGCACCUCUGCAGGCAGAGAGGAGCCUCUGCUUCCCUCGCCAGACUCGCCAUGGUUCCAAUGGAUGUGUGUGAGAUCUGCGCCUUCGCUGCCUGCACCGGCUGCUAAACAAACCAGCAAGCCACAAACAUCUCGCCCAGCUUAUAACUUGUGAUUAUUUUUCCUCCCUUUCAAAACUUUUCAGGGAAUUUCUAGUUUUAUUUUAUUUUUGUUUUGCCUGCAAUGAUGAAGCAAUGACUUUCCUUCCCUGAACACAGAGGCUCAGACUCUGGCUAUAUAGAUUUUUAAGUCGCUGUCAGAUUAAACAAAACAAAAGACCCCAGGAGAUUGGAAAAAAAAGAAAAAGAAACCUCAGAUAAACUGAGGUGUGUUUGUUUCUUUGUUUGGAAACUGUUACUUUGUAGCCAAUGUACCACUUUAUUUUUCUGCUGACAGUUUCUUUAUCAUACAUCUCAUUGUUUUUCGAAUUGACAUUGUUUGUUACAUUUCUGCCUUACGAAGCUUUGUACUGUAUACGUAUUUAAAAGAAAAGCUUUUUUUCAUAUUCUUCUUUUUUUAUUAACAUUGUUUUAAAUAAAAAGCAUUCACUGAUA